AUGUCCAAGUCAGGUUCGCCUUCCGCUCAGGUGGAACUAAGUCCAUAUGUGACCAUUCAGCCUCCUCUUUCUCGAUGUGGACACGGCCCAGGACUGAUUCUCAUACGACCUCUUUGUUACGCGACAUGCCAGCAGCAAAACAAGACGCUUGAUCCGGAACCCCUCAAAAAAUGGAGCGAAGAAAGCUUUACAGUGGCACAGAUCACUCUAGAUGAGAAAUCUACCAUUGAUAAAUCAUCUUUACGGAAGCUCAUUCAAGAAGUUGAGCGUGGCUUAACAGAGAGACUGGAGUGCGAUACGAAGGAAAAGAUUGGGUUGAUAGUCUAUGGAUCAAAGAAAGACUAUGCUCCCCAAUUCGAAGACAGUCUGCGAGGUGCACUAGAUCAAGACACGGCUCUGGUCGCCGCAGUAUUUUUCGACUCCUGGGACAUUUCCUUUUUCCAGUCAACCCUUUUCCAGCUGUCUAGCCCAUUAGAAGGCGAGAAGAAGGAAGGACAAACUACCCACGUCUACUCCGACGUGUCAUCCUCCAGCUUCAUGAUCCCAGGCCACCCGGAUUUCAAGAUAUCGACCGCAGGAGUAGCUCAUACUCGGAGUGUCGGAUAUGUUAAGAAGCACAUGGGUGGUCCAUUCUUUGACCUUGAGAAGAUCUGGGACGAGCAUACCUAUUAUGAAUUUGAGUCACGUUCGGUCGAAAAGACAAUGGCGACGAUGGUCGCAGAGCCUUACGUGAACCAUGUGCCAACCCUAACAGGAGGCAUUGGACGAGCUCGUUUAAGCCACUUUUAUCUCAAUCACUUCAUUUUCAACAACCCCGACGACACAGCUUUGGAGCUUAUUAGUCGGACAGUCGGGACCGACCGAAUUGUGGACGAGUUUAUAUUUGUCUUCACUCAUGUGAAGCAGAUGGAUUGGCUGAUCCCCGGUAUCCCUCCUACGGGCAAGCACGUUCGCGUUCCAUUCACCUCUAUAGUCAACAUUCGGGGAGAUCGCUUGUUUCAUGAACACAUUGCAUGGGACCAGGCAACAGUACUUGUGCAGCUAGGUUUGUUGCCCGAAUAUCUGCCCUUCCCAUAUGCACUGCCUGACGGAACUUUGCCAACGCAUGGGAAACGAUUCGAAUACCGUGUGCCAGCAGCGGGUGCCGAGAGUGCCGCGAAACUCCAGAAUGAGCAUGAAGUGCCUUCUAACCAGAUGUUCGAGUAUAAGAUUCGCGAGGUUGAUGUUUGA